AUGUCAUUUUCUAGACUUACCAAAUUAUGUCAUCAUCAUCAUCAUUAUACUCAUGCUAUAGCACCAAGAGUAUCCCGCAUCUUAUUCAAUUUCAACAAGAAUCGAAGCAUCUCCCUUAUCUCACGUCUUAAAUCAGAUACUCAUCAUGUCUUACAGAGAUCAGAACAACAAAAGAGACCGAGUUUUACAACAAGCCCAUACAAUGAAGCCUUAAAACGAAUAAAAUCACAAGCAAAAUUAGUAGGUAAGAUAAGCGGUUAUACCGUCUUGUCCGUUACUGCAGCAGUAGCCUUCAUUUGGCAACUCUCACAUUGGUACAUUGAAUACUUUUUGGAGUCAACACCUCCAGAGUUAGGAUAUCAGGCACGCAAUCUACUUCAUGGCGCCCAUGUCAGAGAAAAGAUGGUGCCUGAUUAUGAAAUAGCUGCCUUUUAUGUCAAAGAGGCCCUUCGAAUCGCUCUAGAAGAGAAACAGUUGGAUGAACAUUCAAUGACUGUCAUACAGCUUCGUCUUCGACUUGCCUUUGAUGAAGCUCAUGCCGGCAAUUUACUGGAUGCCAUCACUCAAUAUACACGUGCAUGGAAAUUAAUGCUAGAUAAAAAGGAAGAUUCCAUUCUGUUGGUUGAAACGGCAAAGUCUAUCGGUGAUCUUUAUUUACGAAUUCAAGAUGAGGAGCACGCUGAAGAAUUUCUAGCAUGGGCUCUCUAUCGAUCCAACGAGUUACAAUCAAAGGAAGGGUCCAUAUUGCAUUCUAAAAUUUUGUUAACCUUAGCUAGUCUAUAUGCUAUCCAGCAUCAAUUUGAGCUUGCGUUACCUUUAUUAACAGAGUCAUUAAAGAUUUUGCCAGAAGAAGCUGUCUGUUUGAAAGCUAUUGUGCAAAAUCAACUUUCAGAGGUUAUGUACGGGUUAGGUAAAGUGGAUGCAUCCAUGGGUUGGGCUCAAGCCUCCUUGAAUUCAAGUGCCAAGGAUACAAAGAAUCGUGAUUGUUUAGAAUGUGGUGGUGUGGCUGCAAAUAAUUUGGGAAAGCUUUUAGAAUUGAAAGGUGAUUUUAAGCAAGCGAUAGAAUAUUAUAAUCAAGCUGUCAUUUAUGCUUCUUCCAUACAUGACAGUACAAGUUAUAAUAGUUAUUUAUUAAAUUUAGAACGAGUACAAGAAGUGAGUGUACAUGAAAAGAUAUAA